AUUUUUCUUUCCUUCUGCUGCCACCGCCGUGCCCCCCUCGUCCUCUGUCCCGAGUUUGCCGCUGAUCGCUGCCGACCGCCGUCGUGGACGCAGCUACCAACUGAGCGUUUCCCUGCAGCCUGAUUCUGCCUUCUUUCCUGCCGCUGUCUGAUCCCGACCUGCAGCGUCUGCCUUUUGACUCGAGUCUCCAUUCCUUGUUGGCUAUCUGCAACGCCCCCGACCCAAAUGAUCUCGCACUUUAUCGCCCUCAAGAGCGCCGUCGACGAGCAGGUCGCUGGGCUGGCUGCUCUCACGGGUCUCUCGGAUGAGAACCUGCGUCCCGGCCUCGUCCUAUUCGGCGUCAUUCCUCUGUCGCUGGUCUUCCUCUGCAUCCCUCGGUCCCUCACCACCGCUCGCCAUCUCUUUUCGUUUGUGCUGUCGACUCUGGUUUUUUCGCUCCUGUUUUCCUUCGAAGGCUUCCUGCAUCUCUUCACCAGCGCCCUCUUGACCUAUGUCAUUGUCGCCCUCGGCAAAUCGCACAAGUACACCCCCGUGGCCGUUAUUCUCCUCACCAUGGGCCAUCUCUCGUUCUGCUUCCUCAAGGCCCAGAUCUUUGACAAGUCCAGCGCCCGCUUCGAUCACACCGCCCCCAUGAUGGUUCUGGUCCAGAAGCUGUCGUCCUUUGCCUGGGCAGCAUACGACGGCACCUUGCCUGUCGAGAAACUCACCAACGACCAAAAAGUUCGAGCCAUCCACAAGUUUCCCGGGCUGGUCGGCUUCUUCGGAUACACGUUCUUCUAUGGAAGCUUCCUGGUCGGACCGGCAUUCGAGUUCAGAGAUUACCAACGAUUCAUUGACAACGAGACGAGCUAUCCCAGCCUACCCAGUCGGUCCUGGGCCUCCGUCAAGCGCAUCGGCAUUGCUGUGAUCUUCCUGGUUGGACAGACACUCUAUGGUGAAUAUUUCACCUUCAACCUUUGUUUGACGGACGAGUACUUGCUCUGGCCCGCAUAUAAGAGAAUCGGAUAUGUUUUCGUGGCUGGAUUUGUCGCUCGCUUCAAGUUCUACACAGCCUGGAAGCUCGCAGAGGCCACAUGCAUCUUGAUCGGCCUCGGAUACUCGAAUGGCGGCUGGAGAGCUGUCGAGAACGUCAACUUCUUUGGCCUCGAGUUUGCCCAGUCUCCAAAGGUCUUUGUCGACAACUGGAACCAACAGACGACGCUGUGGCUGCGCAACUCGGUGUACACCCGCAUCGCUCCUCCUGGCUCCAAGUCGACUGGCCUGGCCACCUUCUUCACCUACCUCACAAGUGCCUUCUGGCACGGCUUCCAUCCGGGCUACUAUGUCACCUUUGUCUUUGGCGGCAUCGUCACCAUGAUGGGCCGCUCGCUUCGCAGAACCGUGCGCCCGCUCUUUGCUGACCCGAACUCAAAGCUGGCCAGGUGGAAGUUUGUCUAUGAUGUGCUGGGAUGCAUCGGAACCCAGUUCAUCUUCAACAGCGUCGUGUCCUCCUUCCAACUGCUCCGACUCGACUGGACCGUGCAGUUCUACCGCAACAACUACUAUCUCGUCCCGGCCAUGAUCCUGGGCUGGUUUGUGCUCUUUGACGUUCUCAAGUUCACCCGGCUGAUCAAGCGCUUCGGACGCUGGCUCGGCGUCCGAUACGAGAACGAAGUCGUCGUGCAGCGGGAGCGCAAGUCCGCCACGGCGGCUGCGAAGAAGGCUUCGGGCGAAACUCGCAAGACCCAGUGAAGAUCGCCGCCGCAAAGCGCUGUGAAUGCGGCACAGUCGUGAUGCAGAUGCCGGUGCUGGUGCUGGUGCCAAUUAGCCUUGCAUGUGAUAUGAGUAUGGCGACGAAUACGAUGUGGGCUCGAUAUCAGGCCAGAACGGACGGCUUCUGGGUGGAGAGGGUAUAUGGCGCGUGGGUGUGGUUUGGAUCAAGUGCGGACCCAGCUAUGGAUCCCUUGACGCUGUGGCAAGGUCGAACACAAACCCCCACAGCAGCAACGGCAUGAUGCCCACACUCUUCAUGCGCCCCAAGCUGGUUGCCUGUCCAUGUUCUAUCCACAUCUUGACCUGAGUCGCGCCCCGUCCCUUCCUUUGGUCUUUCGAAGGGUCGCCGUCCUUUGGUGCUCUCGUCCCUUGCUAUGUCAAUUUGAUGUAGUGGCAGCUGUCUUGAGCUGUUGCUGUUUGAGCGAGCCAAUAAACGCUAUGGCACACACCCC